CUCGGGUGCGAGGCUGAAAUUUCAGGCCUUGAUUUACUUGAUUGGAUUUUAGGAAUAUGCAUUUAAGACAUUGAUGUGUGUGUUGAUAAGUUCGUACAUUGAGGGGAAGUGCGGGACAAACAUCGAAUUUUCACAAUCAGAUCCCCAAGAUGCUCGAUCCAUUCUUCUCUGCACCAGAGAUAUUUGUGACGAAAGGGAAAGUGUUGUGCGAUUUUCUAAACUUACAGAGUCUACCUUUCCAUUUACAUGAAAUCAUUGUUGCAUGUUGUUUUUACACAUUCAUCGAUACCUAUGGCUCGCACAUUAUCUCAUCUCAGCUCUUCCCAAAUAUCUAUCCAGCUCUUGCACCUCGGAGUAAGGUCAACUGGAACAUUCAUGUCGUCUCAUUCGUUCAGUCCACUUUGAUAUGUACAUUAGCCUUAUGGGUGCAAUGGACAGAUGAAGAACGAUGGAAUAUGGACUGGACGGGUAGAAUAUGGGGUUAUACCGGAGCUCAAUCUCUUGUCCAAGCUUUUGCCAUGGGAUAUUUCCUAUGGGACCUGAUGGCUAGCGUUAUUCAUUUAGAUGUUCUUGGUUUGAGCUCAUUGAUACAUGCGGUUUGUGCAUUUUUGGUGGUUGGCAUUGGUUUUGUGAGUCCUUUACCCAAAUACUUGUCAAAUGUUACUGUGCGAGUACGUGCUAAUGCUUGGGAUUUUUAGAGACCAUUUGCGAACUAUUACGGUUUAAACUUCGUUCUCUACGAGCUUUCUACUCCAUUCCUCAAUAUUCACUGGUUUUUUGAUAAACUCAAUAUGACUGGUUCCCGAGCUCAAUUUUACAACGGCAUCAUUCUCAUAUUUACAUUUUUCUCAUGUCGUCUCGUAUGGGGUGUAUAUCAAUCAGCAAGACUCUACCAAGAUAUAUGGAAAGUUUAUCAUGUUCCAAGCACCGGAAUAUCCAUCCCCGAAUUCGCAGUUCCUGGAGAUCCUGAAUGGGAGCUCUUCAGAUCUUCCGCAUCUUCUGAAGACUUGACAUUACCGAUGUGGCUGGCUUGGGGUUAUCUAGGAACAAAUACCAUGUUGACACUGUUGAAUUUCUAUUGGUUUAAACAAAUGAUUUCGGCGGUCUCGAAAAGAUUUACUACCGAGGAGAAAAUCUCAAAAGCGGAUAAAUCAAAGUAGGAUUCCUGGUUUAUCACUCAAAAGUGUCGCUGUUGAGCUGUUUGGGUUGGGAUGGAAAUACAGAAGGAAAGUUUUAGAUAUUUCUGACAUGUUCUUCCUCAAAUGGAGCAUUUUAGUGGGCGAUGGUAGCUUUUGGUAUCAGAGGUUGUGCUUAAUACUGGCUAUGAAUGUUUAACAUUCAAUCCGGGGUUAUUUGGUGAGACAUUCCGUCUGGAAUGAGGUGUUGUGGAAAGUUGGAUGGUAGAGUCUAAGUGGAUAAACGAAAUUAGAUGCAUCUAGAGAGAGAUAUUACUUUAUAGAAGUCUGUCUAGAAUAG